AUGAAUCAAAUUUAUAGUCAAUAUAAUCUCGAAAGAUUGAGAUUGUAAUAAUCAUAGAAGGAUUCAAUCAAAUUAGAAAGUACUAAAAUAUACUAAUUUAAAAGGAACUGAUAUUAAGAGAGGAACUGGAAAAAAUGCUAUUAGAAAAAUAUUUGGAAUUGAAGAUAGUAGUAAACAUGAAUAUGACAUUUACGAGAAGUAAUAACUAGAUGCGUUUAAGAAGGAGAUUGAAGAGGAGAAGGAUCUAUUGAAAGAUGAAUUAAUAUUACGAUUGUUAUAUGCUAAUCAUUUCGAUUUUCCGGAAACAAUAAAAGUAUGAUUAGAGAUAAAUAAGAUAGCAUAUGCGAAAUCAUCAAUAAUGGCUUUUAGAUCCUAACAAUUUCAAAUGGUCGUUAAACUCAGAAGAAAUGAUAGUAUUUUCUAUUUAAUAAUGUACAAGAAAUAAGGAGCAGUAUAUAUAAGUGGACGAGGACAAGGGCUGAAACCAAUUGUUGUGAUAAAUGCUGAUAAGUUUGACAUUUCCAUAUACCCAAUAGAAGAUAUAAUGAGAGCAAUAUCAAUAGUUUUCAUGGUUGUAAAAGAUUAUAUGCUAGUGUCUGGGAAAGUUGAAAGUUGGUUUGUUAUUAUUGAAUCGAAAAAUACAACUGCAUUUUCUGUUCCAUUCACGGUAUUCAUUCUUUAUUAUUUUUUUAAUAGCAUAUGAAUUAGAUUUUCGAAAUGCUUAAAAGUAAUUUCCCUUGUUACUUAGAGAAAAUGUUUAUAAUACAACCAUAAACAUCUAUUUAAGUUACUUGGUAAAUUGUAGAAUAAUUUAUUCCCUACAAUUCUAGACACAAAAUUGAAUUUAUUUCUAAUGAUUUCUCAUUGAUGUUUAAUUACAUUAACCCAAAAUAAUUAGAAUAGAGACAUGGAGGUAGAGCAUAAAAUAUCUAUGAUUUUUGGCCACCUCAUUUUGAUAAUUAAAAUGAAGUUGAGUAUUUUUUGAAAGAAUAACAAGAAACCAAUAAAAUUUAAUAGUAAAUUUAGUUACUCCAAAAAGUUAUGCCUUUUACUUCCUCAAUAGACGUACAAGUUUCUAAUCUUUUAAGAAAACAAUAUAAACCUAAAAAUAAAAUUUAUUAACAAGAAACUCAUCUAGAAACCAAUCAUUAUUAUAUGCAUAAAUCAAAUUCUAAAACAGUAUUCUUAAAUGUUCCUUAAAUUUAAUAAGUUAUUUAAACUUAGGAACAAUAAGAAAUUUAAUAAAAACCUCAAGAAGUUAACGCUUCUUUUGAAUAAUAACUUUAUAAUCAAUUUAAUAAUAAUAACUAUUAAACAUAUCCAUCUUAAAAACAAUUCAAUACUAAUACUUAAACUAGUUAAUAAAAAUUUAGAUAACCUUUAAUUUAAAGUAGAUUCAUUGGUUCUAAAACCAAGUAAAAUGAAAUUCAGAAUUCAUAAAUGCUUGGUACAUAAACUCCAGUUUUCUAAUCUAGAUUUAUAGGUCUUAAAACUUAACAUCUCUUAAUUAAAUAAGAUAUGAGCAUAAUCGCCAACAAAGAUGAGCUUGUAUCAGCUUAGCAUUCAUAAUUAAUGUGA